AUGUCGUCAUCAGGAUUCUCACCAGCACCACCACCAGUCUUUAAUAUUGAAGACUACCACAUCUGGGUAGUAAAAAUGAAGACCUACCUGCAGGCAUUUGAUUUGUGGGAGGUUUUCAACUCAGAUGUUAAACCAGCACCUCUAAGAGCCAAUCCAACAAUGGCUCAAAUCAGACAACAUGCAGAUGAAAGAACCAAAAGGCAAAAAGCCAUGUCUUGCAUCCAAAACAGUGUGUCUGAUGUGAUUUUCACAAGAAUCAUGGCUUGCGAGCCACCAAAGCAAGCCUGGGAUAAGCUGAAUGAGGAGUUCCAAGGGACUGAGAGAAUAAGGCAGCAACAGCUACUGAAUUUGAAAAGGGAUUUUGAAAACUUGAAGAUGAAAGAGGAAGAAACAGUGAAGCAAUACUCAGACAGAAUCAUGGAUGUAGUAAAUAGCAUAAGGCUACUUGGAGAACAGUUUAGUGAAGCAAGAAUUGUAGAGAAGGUGAUCUCAACCUUACCUAAAAGGUAUGAGGCAAAGAUCUCAUCUCUUGAAGACUUAAGAGACCUGUCAAGCAUCUCCUUGACUAAGUUAAUCAAUGCUCUUUAUGCUCAAGAGCAAAGGAAAGCAAGUAGAUUGGAGGAGCAUCAAGAAGAUGUGCAAUCCAAAAUCUGCAAAAAGAGUGGCCAUGCUGAAAAAGUUUACAGAAACAAAGACAAACAGAGGCCAAAUCAAACUCAGCAACCUAGAGCUGAAGCUCAAGUAGCAGAAGAUGACAUUAACCAAGAAGAGCAAGUCUUUGCAGUCUUUUACUUAGCUGCAAAAGGAAAGGCCGCAAAAAAUGGCUGA